UCCAGACUAUUUUAGCUCGUUGUGCGGAUUCCCAUCGGAUUUGGCAGGCUUCGUCCGGUAGGAGACAUGGCUUUUUCCCCACGGGGUGCCCCAGGGAACACUGUGAAGCAAGGGGAUCUCCAGACAUGGAAAUUUGUCCAGUAUAUAUGCUACAGGCUAGCACCUCCGGAGUCUAUGCACACUACUAUUUACUCUUAAGUCCUGUUGGCAUUUCACCUUCUUCACAUUCACCUUGUGACUUUGUCAGGACGAGGUAUGUUGCCACCAGGAUCCUCUGUUUCGAAGCAAAAUGAGGAAGAACAGAUCGAGUUCGCACCUGCAAGUAUCCAGGAUAUACCACAAGAAGAGAGGCAUCGGAAUGACCAAGGGGCACGGAACAAGACACUGGAUUUAAUCGACGACAUCGGCCGUUCGACGAUUCUCACGCCAGAAAACAACAAACAAGUUCUCCGAAAGAUUGAUCUCAGACUAUUGCCUAUUCUCCUCUGCAUUUACUUCUUACAGCAACUUGAUAAAUCAACCCUUUCCUACGGUUCCGUCUUUGGGCUGAUCCAGGAUGCCAACCUUAAAGGGCAAGAAUACUCAUGGCUAGGUUCGGCUAUUUAUCUUGUUCAGCUUGUUGCUCAACCAUUUGUAGCCUACAUCCUGGUAAAACUGCCUCUGGGCAAAUUUUUGGCCUGUACAGUUUUUCUCUGGGGUAUUGCCCUGGCGUGCAUGACUCCAGCGAAGACAUUCGGGGGAUUAUUGGUUUGUCGAAUCUUCCUAGGUCUUUUUGAAGCAGGAAUCCCGCCGGCCUUCAUUGCUAUUACUCAAAUGUGGUACCGUCGGAUUGAGCAACCUGUUCGCCUCAGCUCAUGGUAUGCAAUGAAUGGCGUUGUAAACAUGUUUGGAAGCCUCCUCGCCUUUGGUCUCGGUCACAUUCAUUCGUCGAUUUUUGCACCUUACCAGAUUAUCUUUUUGUUUUUUGGACUGGUUACAGUCGUAUUUGCGUUUGUCGUCCUGGUAUUCAUGCCGGACUCCCCUCUACAGUCAAAAUUUCUGGAAGACGAGGACAAGCUUUUGGCAAUUGAGAGACUCCGGAUGAACCAGCAAGGCACCGAAACAAAUGAAUGGAAGUGGGGACACGUCAAGGAGGCACUCCUUGAUAUGAAAUCAUUCUUCUGGUUUGCGUUGAUGUUUUCUAUUUCGAUUCCAAGUGGCGGGAUUACAACCUUUGGGCCGUUAAUCAUCCAGUCUUUUGGGUUUGGCCAGCUGGAAACGAUGCUUUUCAAUAUGCCAUUUGGUGCCAUUCAGCUUAUAGCCACGCUAGGAGGGGCGUGGCUGGCAACGAAGACAAAGGCAAAGGGCGUCGUUAUCGCAUUACUCUGUCUCCCUGCCAUCGCUGGAUGUGUUAUGUUACUACAAAUACCUCAUAAUGCUUCUCACAAAGGACCAUUACUCGCUGGAUACUAUAUUAUAUCUGUUUACCCAGGAAUAACACCGUUAAUUUACUCAUGGUCUGCAGCAAAUACGGCCGGUGAGACUAAGAAGAAGGUCACUAAUGGUAUUUUACUCAUUGGGCAAUGUGCCGGUAACGUGGUUGGCCCGAACUUGUAUACUACUGAAGAGGCACCCGAAUAUCGGCGUGGCCUACUCUCUAAUCUUGCAAUGUUCUGCGUUCUAGUUUUGCUUUGCGCUUUGAAUAUGGGAUAUAUCACAUUGAUCAAUAAAAGGCAGGAGGCGAGGCGAGUGUCCAUGGGUAAAAGUGCAAAGAUAGUUGAUCACUCUAUGCAUGCUAUUGGUGCAAUCCAGGUUGACAAGAACGAGGCUGUCCAAGGCGUCGAAGGCGAGGAUAAUACAUUCAAGGACCUCACGGACUUGGAGAACGAAGACUUCGUCUAUGUUUAUUAAAACAACUUAUACUAAGACGAUAUUUGUGUCGCCUCAGGGUAGCUGUUAUUGCUCCGGUAAACCGAAAGUGAAAUCAUGCGAGUUUCACGAAGAGUACAUAGUGGUUGCAUCUUCC